CCGGGCGGAGGUGGCCGGGCGGUGGCGGGGCCGCAGCUGGGGACGAGCGCGGCGAAGCCGGUGUCCCGGAGCGGAGUCGUGAAAGUGUUCCCGUAUUCCAGCCCGGGGAGGGACCCCCCCGUCGGGCCGACACGGACCCUCCGGGAUGCCGCGCAGGCCGAGUCUGAUGAGAAAUGGAAAUCUGCCUCAAAGUCAUCCUUCCUGUUGUUGACAUCACCUGAAAACUCCGCUGGAAAUAUUUCCACUAGUUUGCUGCAAACAUCGCCCCCCCCCCCCCCCUCCGAGGUCUCAACACCUUGAGCAGUGUACAGAGACUUGCUGUUGCUGUCAACACUGGAAAGACUGAAGCUGGCAUCCCCAUAGUCCUUCUCCAGAGGCUGCCUUGCAAGACACAGCUAUAAAAUGUUCAUCAGAAAAAACUGAACCGUAGAUCCUUAAGAGUGUUGAAAGAGUGGGGAGGAAGAGUGUGGAGCUUCAAUGACAUAAGUCAAAUAGACCCUGCAAAUCAUGUUAGAUGGAAAGUGGUCCAAUGGAUGGCAUAGCAAUAGCAUCACUGUCCAGGGAGCUGGAAUCCUUCUUCGCCUGCCUGCAUGCUGCUUGAACUGAUCCCAAGCCUUUGUUUUUGGACUGAAGAAACCUGAAAACCUUUCUCUCCUAAUUCAUGAGCCAGCAGGAUGUGGUCGCCGUGCUUUCAGAACGCCUGCUUGUAGCCGCCUACAAAGGCCAAGUGGAGAAUGUGGUGCAGCUUAUCAACAGGGGUGCCAAGGUAGCAGUUACCAAGCAUGGCCGGACCCCCCUGCAUCUUGCUGCCUACAAGGGUCAUCUCCACGUUGUCCAGGUUUUGUUGAAGGCAGGUUGUGAUCUGGAUAUUCAGGAUGAUGGUGACCAGACAGCACUGCACCGGGCUGCUGUUGUAGGGAACACCGAUAUAAUAGCAACUCUGAUUCAAGAGGGCUGUGCUUUGGACAGACAAGACAAGGAUGGGAACACUGCUCUUCAUGAAGCUUGUUGGCAUGGAUUCAGUCAGUCUGCCAAAGUGCUUGUUAAAGCAGGAGCCAACGUUCUUGCCAAGAAUAAGGCAGGUAACACACCUCUUCACCUGGCUUGCCAGAAUAGCCAUUCCCAGAGUACUCGUGUUUUGUUACUUGGAGGAUCUCGAGCAGACCUCAAAAAUAAUGCAGGAGAUACCUGUCUGCAUGUGGCUGCUCGUUAUAAUCACUUGCCCAUCAUUAGGGUGCUGCUCAGUGCUUUCUGUUCUGUCCAUGAAAAGAACCAGGCAGGGGAUACUGCACUCCAUGUAGCUGCUGCUCUAAAUCACAAGAAGGUGGUGAAGCUUUUGUUGGAGGCAGGGGCUGAUGCAUCUGUUGUCAACAAUGCAGGCCAGACCCCUCUAGAGGUUGCCAGACAGCACAAUAACCCCGAGGUUGCACUCCUGCUCACUAAAGCAUCACAGGUCUCACGUUUUAACCGUGGGAGAAGCCUGAGGAAGAAGAGAGAGAGACUGAAGGAGGAAAGGAGGGCUCAGUCAGUGCCACGGGAUGAAGUGGUGCAGAGCAAGGGCAGUGUCUCAGCUGCUGACGAUACACCAAGCAGUGACCAGCCCCCAGAGAGGAAGAACAAUCUGAAGGAUAAACCCCGGUCAGCCUCACCAGAUCCCAAAGGAAAAAAGAGCAAAAAGAAAAAGCCAAAGGAAAAGGUUUCAGCACUCUCGGACCCCAUCUCCCCAGCUGAUCAGCAGGCACUCCCUCAGCCCCAGAAGAACGUGCCUAAGCGCAGAAGUAAGCACCACUGCUCCUCUCCACCCCCUCCCCACGAGGUCCGAGCCUACCAGCUCUACACGCUCUACCGAGGAAAGGACGGGAAGGUGAUGCAGGCACCCAUAAAUGGAUGUCGCUGUGAGCCCCUGAUAAAUAAACUGGAGAAUCAGCUGGAUGCAACAGUGGAAGAGAUAAAAGCUGAGCUUGGGACAGUACAAGAUAAAAUUAAUAUUAAGCUGGGCCAGAUGGAAAGCAAAACUCAACAUCAACUCCGAGUUCUGGACAAGCUGAUGGCUGAGCGGCUGUCGGCAGAGAGGACAGAGUGCCUUCACCGCCUGCAGCAGCACACGGAGCUGGAAAAGAGUGAGGGGGAGAAGCGGCAGAUUUCCUUGGUUGAUGAGCUGAAGACCUGGUGCUUGUUGAAGAUUCAGAAUCUGGAGCUCAAGCUUUCUGGAGAUUCCAGGUCAUCAAGACCAAAAUCAACUUUGUCCACUUGUGAAUCUCUCACUGAGACCCUGGAUACUGACAACAACCCUAACAGUGCCAAGGACUGUAAAGCCAACCAGCCUGUGCUGCAGUCAGAGGGCUCCCACCAGCAUUCCUAUAUCACACUUCCAAAUAGCCUCUUGGAAGAUGGGGGAAGGAGCAGAGUCCAGAUGCCAGAACAAAGCUUUGGGCAACACUUUUGCAAUAAACAAGACGGAGCAUUGGGUAUAACCACGUCAGGUACAGAGCAACAGGUAGCGGCUGGUGGACCAGUUUCUUCUUCUGCCCCUGCUCAAGAUGUCAGGCCAAAGGACAAAGCCGUGAGUGCCAGCACGUUCCACAGGUUCCAGCAGGAGCUGCCCUCCUCCGAGCUUUCAGGCUCCAAAUUAAGACAUGUUAAAGUUCAAGCUGCUUUGCAGCCAGUGACUGAACCUGCAAAGACUGAACCACAGGGCGGCUACUUCCUUGACAAAGGAACUCAGACGAAAAAGUCCAGCAAAAGUGGGCAGUCGAGGCACAAAGCUCUGCACCACGCCGGGGCACAGCAGGGCCAGGAGCAGCAGCCCUCGGCCCCGCCUGCCCCUCCGCUCAGAGACACCUCCCAGGCCCUGGAGAUAACCCAGUACUUCUUCGAGGCCGUUUCCACGCAGAUGGAGAAGUGGUACGAGCGGAAGAUAGAAGAAGCCCGGUGCCAAGCGAACCAGAGAGCGCAGCAGGACAAAGCUGCGCUCAAGGAGCACAUCAAAUGCUUAGAAGAGGAGCUGAGCAAAUUAAGGACUAAGGUGCAGAAAGAGAGCUAGCACCUACCAGGCAGCUAAUCAAACAACAGGACUCAUUUUGGAACCUGCUGUAUGGGAAUUUGGAAUAUUGAUAGAUAUUUGUAGUGCCUGUUACAUCCAAACACUACACUAUUUCAGGAGUAGAAAUAACUUUGGAAACUCCGUAUCUGAGGAGAGUUCAUAUGCAAACUAUACUGAUAACAAAGAGAUGCUGCAGAUUAGAUCCUUUCUUUGUUAUUUCCAAGAGUCUGUCAAUAUUGCACUCUCAGUUUCCAGAUGCUGCUUGAAACCAAACUGCAUUAGCAACCAAAACUGCGUUCUGAAAAGGGAAUUCCCUUACUUCCACACAGGACACAGACUAGAAGUUUCUUCUGUAUGCUACAUGUUAACAUGUUGUGUUACCAGUACUUGAAAUAAAUCCGGGAUGUUUGAAAGUUUUUGACAGAAUUACUUAGUGAUGAAGGGCUAUUGAUCCUAUUUUAGAUACUCCCAGGGCCUCUCUCUAGUCAGUGGAGAGAAGCUAAAGAAUCCACUCAACGUACAAGCCCAGGUAGCUGAAAGAUACAGACUUCCAGCUGGGAGAGGGCAGGCAACCAUGGAGGGAGAUGCUAAGGUGAAUCAUCCCAUUAGGUACAGAAGCUUCAGCAGAAGCUUCACUUUGAUUUUCUCUUGGUUUUCCAUUAUUAAAACAAGUGCUCAAUCUGAUUUGUCUUUUUUUUAGUGGUGUCCUGCUUGCAGAGCUCCUUGUGAUUACACUAUUGUUAGGGCUCUACUCCAGUAAUCUGACUGAGAACUUCUGUUUAGGGCAUGGAUGACAAGUAUUUUACUGUAACCAUGGUCUGUUUUUUGGGUUGAAUGCUCAUAUAAAUCUUUUUUCCUUCAAGCAGGAAAUGGCUAAAUUGUCUGCCUUUUUUCCUUCAGCAGGAAAUGGCUAAAUUGUCUGCUAUUGAAGAAGCUUGAAAAAGUCCUUUAUCUAAGGAAGUGAAAGCUUGGCUUCUUGUAUUCAAAUGUUAUUUUUCUGCAGUCAGGAUUUUUUCCCAGGCACCUUGCCCAGACUAUCUACCUUUUUUCCUCUGAAUGAUUCCUCCUGUUUUUUUCCCUUCUGUCUCUAAAAAGGAGACCAGGCCCUGAUCAGUCCACACGUUUUAGGACAAACAGUCCCACAAAACAGCACUCAACAUUUUAAAAGUUUUAUCAUUGUGUUUUGUUAUAAAAUCAGAACUUUCAUUGAUCAAUGUUGUCCAUGCUGACAGACUCCAGAUAAUUUCAAGACACUGUAACUAUUGCAUCUGCAUUCCUUUAGGGUUUCCUUCUUACACAUCUAAGAAAGCUUCAUCAGAUUCUGCUAGAAAUAUAAGUUUACUUAGCAGAUCAUGAUAGAACAACUGUUUAAAAUCAGUUCCAACACAGGAUGGUACUGUUAUGCCAAGGAGAAAAAUACUUUUUUUCUGUACUAAGGAGGUCUAAAAAUCAAUACAAAAUACUUUACAGUGCUGAAGAAUGCCAUUCACUAAUUAGUAAUUAAGCUUUUGUCUUCUUAGCAGAUGUAUAAAGCAAAAAAAUCAUACUACAUAACAAUAUUUUUAAAGUUCCUAUUAAUGCACUAUCCCGACAAGAGAAGUGUAUCUGCAGCUAUGGAAAUACUAGUUUUCUUGCUCUGACUUAUGUAGUCUAACAUAGACACUUUGGUAUGUUUACAGUUUUGUUUAAGCUACAGUAGGAAUGCAGAAGCAUGCUAUUGAAGUUUUGUAUCACCUGGAUGAAGUUAAUGUCUUGCCAAGCAAUUAAAGUAAGUGUUGCUCAGAAA